GCGGACCUAUUUCUGAAAUAGCGUUAUGCGUGAUGUGCUCACGCCGACUAAACAUGGCGACGUUUGACAACUGAGACUUCUUAUCCAGCGGCGACAAACGAGAGUUUUUUUCGUUCCUUGAGUGACUGCGACACCACCGUUUAGAGACUUGAAAGUUUUCUGUGGGCUGAUGGUCGAGGUAAACGUUUUUUCGUCAAGCUGCGUCUUGUAUUUUAUCCUGUCUCCGAUACUUCCGCAUGCAGUCUGUGGACUACGGUUCACCUCGCCCUUUAACGGAAACAAGCUGACUGGAGUUCUUGGUUCAUCUGUUAACUUCACUUGGGCGUUUCAUGGAGGAAACAUAGACAGAGUUGCCUGGGGAACAAAAAACGAUGGUUCUGUUAACAUUAAAGAUGUUCUGGUUUCCAUAGACAAGCUCCAAACAAUCGCUACUACACAGAAUCCUCCAUACAGUGGACGUGUAAGUGGAGAAUGGAAUGGAAGUAGUCCUGGACGGGCCACUUUCAGACUGAGCUCAAUCCAGAAAGCAGAUGAAAUGUUCUAUGUUUGCAGACUUACACCUGAAAGUCUUGUUGAAUUACCUGUUUAUGAUACUGUUCAGUUGCUUGUGGUGGGUAAGUGAACAAAAUUAAAAGUAAAUCACCUGACCAAUUACUCCCCCAAACUCUGUUUUCUAUUUUUAAUUUUGUAUUUAAAACUAAGAGAUUGUACUGAUACUAGCUUCAAACUUCGAUCUGAUAUUGUUGAAGCAGUAAGUUGCUGUUUUUGAAAAUUUGCGGUUUCGUGUUUUAAGUAAGUACAAGUCAGUUCAUUUUUUAUGGUGUUAUAUAACUUACUAUAACCUGCAAGUGUAAGUAGUUUAUACUCCCAACAUUUAUUGCAUGAUAUUUUUUUUCCAUCUUUUUUUUUUAUUUGCAAUAACACAAGGGAAACCAAUGCUUACUUACAACACCAACUCUAUUUACAUUACAUUGCUCUAAUUAUUUACACUAUUUAAAUUACAAUGUCUAAACGACUUACACUACUAACAAAUACAGUUACACUACUUACACAACUAAGGAAUACAGUGACGACAAGGGGCAAAGAAAAAAAGAAGAAAAAUAGCUAGUUAUCAUUACAGCUUGAGGUUGUAGUAUAGAAACAUAAAAAACA